GCUCUCAGCGAGUGUGCCUGCGCGCGAGCCGGCGAGCGGCGCGCGGGCGGCCCGAGCCUUGGCGGCGGCGGCGGCGGACACAGCAGCGGCUGCGGCGGCGGUGCUGACACCUCCCACCAUGGACAGCUUCGACUUAGCCCUGCUCCAGGAAUGGGACCUCGAGUCGCUGUGGGGUGAAGACAUCUUAAGCCAGAGGAAUGAUUCUCUAGUUCUGGAAUUUCAGUCAUCAGCCAGCAGAUGCAGGAGCGUCUAUGAACCAGAUAGGAGUGCAUUACGGAGGAAAGAACGAGAACGAAGAAGCCAGGAAGCGCAGCAGGACAGUGGCGGCUUUAAUUCCAGUUACUCUCUCUUCAGUGAACCCUACAAGACUAACAAGGGGGAUGAACUCUCCAACCGGAUCCAGAAUACAUUAGGAAAUUAUGACGAAAUGAAAGACUUUUUAACCGACAGAUCCAACCAGAGCCAUCUCGUCGGUGUCCCCAAGCCGGGUGUUCCCCAGACUCCCGUGAACAAGGUAGAUGAGCAUUUUGCAGCUGAGUCGAGAGCCCAGCCCCAGCCCUCAUCUGUCUGUAGCACUGCGUCUUCCACACCUGCAGCUGUCUCUGUGCAGCAGAGUAAGAGGGGCACCAUGGGCUGGCAGAAGACUGGGCACUCAUCGUCUGACGGCCAACAGAGAGCAGCACAACAGGGCUCUCUCAGGACCUUGCUUGGUGAUGGUGUCGGCAGACAGCAGACAAGGGCCAAGCAAGUAUGCAAUGUGGAGGCGGGCCUUCAGACCCAGGAGAGGCCCCCUGCCAUGGCGGCCAAGCACAGCAGCAGUGGACACUGUGUUCAGAACUUUCCUCCAUCCUUGGCUUCAAAACCCAGCCUGGUCCAGCAGAAACCAACAGCGUAUGUGCGGCCCAUGGACGGCCAAGACCAGGCUCCUGAUGAGUCUCCCAAGCUUAAGUCAUCCACAGAAACUGGUGUGCACUGCACAUCCUACAGAGGGGUCCCAGGCAACAAACCCGAGUCAGCCAGAGCCAAAGCCAAGCUUGCUAAGUUCAGCAUCCCCAAGCAAGGAGAGGAGAGUAGAUCUGGAGAGAGCAACAGCUGUGUGGAAGAAAUAAUUCGGGAGAUGACCUGGCUUCCUCCACUCUCUGCUAUUCAAGCUCCUGGCAAGGUGGAACCUGGCAAGUUUCCAUUCCCAAAUAAGGACUCCCAACUUGUAUCCUCUGGACACAAUAAUCCAAAGAAAGCUGACGCGGAGCCGGAGAGUCCAGACAAUGGCACAUCGAAUACAUCAAUGCUAGAAGAUGACCUUAAACUAAGUAGUGACGACGAAGAGAGUGAACAGCAGGCAGCCCAGAGAACAGCUCUCCGCGGUCUAUCUGACAGCUCCGUGGCCCAGCAGACCAACUGCAGAGGUUCCGUGCCAUCCAGCAAGGGCAGCAGCAGCGGCAGCGGCAGCAGCAGCAGCAGCUCCUCCAGCGACUCCGAGAGCAGCUCCGGAUCCGACUCCGAGACGGAGAGCAGCUCCAGUGAGAGCCAGGGCAGCAAGCCUCCACACUGCUCCAGCCCCGAGGCCGAGCCUGCGCCGUCUAACAAGUGGCAGCUGGAUAAAUGGCUAAACAAAGUCAAUCCUCACAAGCCGCCUAUUCUGAUCCAAAAUGAAAGUCACGGCCCGGAAAGGAAUCAAUACUACCCGCCUGUGAAAGAUGAAGGGCAGGACUGCGGGAAACUUCCUGAGAUUUGCCAAGCCAGCCUGAGAGACAAGGACCUCAAGACUGCCUGCAAGGAGGAGCAGCGACCUAGGACGGCAAACAAGGCCCCUGGCAGCAAAAGUGUAAAGCAAAAGUCUCCGCCUGCCGCCGCAGUGGCUGUGACCACAGCUGCCCCGCCACCUGCAGUGCCCAGCGCACCCGCGGAGAGCGCGCCAGCACCCACCAGGAGGUCAGCGGGCAAGAAGCCCACCCGGCGCACAGAGAGAACCUCAGCUGGGGACAGUGCCAACUGCCACCGGCCAGAGGAGCCCGUGGCCUCAGACACACUGGGGGCAAGUGUGGUGGGACCCCCAGAGCCUCCCAAAACCAGGCCCUGUGGUAACAGCAGGACCAGCCACCGCAAGGACCUGCGCUCCUCCGUGACCUGUGAAAAAAGGCGCACGCGGGGGCUGAGCAGAAUUGUCCCUAAAUCCAAGGAGUUUAUUGAGACAGAAUCUUCCUCUUCCUCUUCCUCCUCGGACUCGGACCUAGAAUCGGAACAAGAGGAGUAUGUCCUGUCCAAGACUCAGACCAGCGCUGGGAACGAGCCUCGGCUAAAGGAAGCCACCAGCAGCAACUGCAGCACCUCCCGGGCCCCUGUGGGCUCCAUCAACGCCAGGACCACCAGUGACAUUGCCAAGGAGCUAGAGGAACAGUUCUACACGCUGGUCCCCUUUGGCCGGAAUGAACUGCUUUCUCCUCUAAAGGACAGCGAUGAGGUCAGGUCUCUCUGGGUCAAAAUUGACCUGACCCUCCUGUCCCGGAUCCCAGAACACCUGUCCCAGGAGCCUGGGAUCUUGAGUGCUCCUGCAGCCAAGGACAAUGACAGUGUGCCAGCCAGCCAUGCAUUAGACACACCUGCCGAAAAGACUUUGCCGAAAUCCAAGAGGAAACGCAAGUGUGACAACGAAGAUGACUACAGGGAGAUAAAGAAGGCCCCAGGAGAGAAAGAGAGUGCUUCACGCCUGGCUGCCUCUGCUAAUAAUGCCUUGUCUGGGAGCCACUGCAACCUGAACAUCAACAGCUUGGCAAUACCAAUAAACAAAAAUGAAAAAAUGCUCCGGUCACCCACUUCGCCACUCUCUGACGCCUGUAAACACAAAUACUCCAGUGAGGACCUGACUUCUUCCAGCCGCCCUCACGGCAAUGGGGUGUUGACUUCUGCCUCUUCCAACAAAAAGCCUAAGGCUGACAGCCAGCUGCAGUCACACGCCGGAGACCUCACGAAAGCAGCUCACAACAGUUCCGAAAAUGGCAUCCUCCAUACCAAGUCACGGCCGCAGACUGAGCCAUGGUCUCCAGGUUCCAAUGGCCACAGGGACUGCAAGAGGCAGAAGCUGAUCUUCGAUGACAUGCCUCGUAGUGCAGAUUAUUUUAUGCAAGAAGCUAAACGGAUGAAGCAUAAAGCAGAUGCGAUGGUGGAGAAGUUUGGGAAGGCCUUGAACUAUGCCGAAGCAGCCUUGUCCUUCAUCGAGUGUGGAAAUGCAAUGGAACAAGGCCCAAUGGAAUCCAAGUCUCCAUACACCAUGUAUUCUGAGACGGUGGAGCUCAUCAGGUAUGCUAUGAGACUAAAAACCCACUCAGGCCCCAACGCUACCCCAGAGGACAAACAACUAGCUGCGCUUUGUUACCGAUGCCUGGCUCUCCUAUACUGGCGGAUGUUUCGACUCAAAAGGGACCACGCUGUAAAGUAUUCGAAAGCACUGAUCGACUAUUUCAAGAAUUCAUCGAAAGCUGCCCAAGCCCCGUCUCCAUGGGGGUCCAGUGGCAAGAGCACUGGAAGCCCAUCCCCCAUGUCUCCCAACCCUUCUCCCACCAGCUCCGUGGGGUCUCAGGGCAGUCUCUCCAGCUCCAAUGCCCUGUCCCCAUCCACCAUCGUCAGCAUCCCCCAGCGCAUUCAUCAGAUGGCAGCCAAUCACGUCAGCAUCACCAACAGCAUCCUCCACAGCUAUGACUACUGGGAGAUGGCUGACAACCUGGCCAAGGAGAACAGAGAGUUCUUCAAUGACCUGGACUUGCUCAUGGGACCUGUCACCUUGCACAGCAGCAUGGAACACCUGGUCCAGUACUCCCAGCAAGGCCUGCACUGGCUGCGGAGCAGCGCACACCUGUCCUAGGGACCAUGCCCUUGAGCCAGACUGCAUUUUCCUCUCCUCGGUGGCUCAAUGUUUCUGGACACUGUGCUACUGACAUUCCCAGCCCACAGCAUUUCCCAAAUCGCGGUGAACGUUUCCUCAGAGUCCAACAGUGAUUCUUUUCUGGGGCGUGUGUGUUUAGGUGUGGGUUUAUACGAAGCUUUCUGCGUGUGUGUGUGUGUGUGUGUGUGUGUGUGUGUGUGUGUGUGUGUAAGAUCAACAGCUCUUCAAAACAUGUUUUGUCUGGUUCCUAUAAUCCCAAGCUAGACAAGUGAUUAGAGGUUCCUCGCUGGAGGAAAUCCGCAUAGCACGCGUGUGCUCACAUGCUCACAGACACAUCCCACCCCCAGUGCUAAGCCAUUGCCUUCUUAGACAGUUCCACCAAAAUCUCAUGUGUUGCUGAACCUGGUGCGAUCCAGCACACCAAAUCAUAACUGCUGGAUGAGUUGAACCUAGCUCUUAUAUUAUUACUUUCAGUAUUAUAUACAAUUCCCCAAUUACUUUUGGUUGUUGUAUAUUAAUGAGUAAUUGAAUAAUGGAAACAAGUCAGUUAUUUUUGUGCCAGAAGUUCACUAGUUUGCAUGUUACCAAAUGCCUUGCCCCUCUUCCCAUACCCUCCCCCAGCCCUCAUUAGCUACUGAACUGAACACAUUAUAAGCCAGCGGAGUCCCACAAACUUCCCUUGCCUUGUCCCCACAUGGUAUAGAAAGGACACCAGGAUUUGGGGAUAGCUCAACAGCCACAAAAGCAACAGUGACCAUUUUGGUUCUUAAUAAAGUCCGCCCCUGUGGCAAGAAGCCCUCCAGGCACAGGGGCCUCCUCUUGCUGCCACUGUGACUCUGUGUGGCUGUUGUCGUCAGCCAGCACAUCUCAAGUCUUCUCUCCACAGUAGCUUUCUCACACCUUGUCUCAGCCAGAUGAAGACGGUGCCAUCUCUAGAUCUGUCGGCUGCCUAUAAGACUGGGAGCGGUUUGCCGCGGUGACACCGUCCGCACACAGUGGGUGGCUCCAGGCCUUGGUGCAUUUCAGUUUGGAGAAUACUUUUCAGGCUUUCGUUAACAAGCUGCUUCCAGUGCAGGGAAAGUUAUCCCUUUGAUGAUCACAACUCUAGAACAGCAACGACCGGAGUGUCUUGCAUAUAUCUUGAGCAUCUGCUCUAUGUGUGUCUUGACCAUGGUUCUUUUCUGGGUUGGUUUUUUUUGUUGAUGUUGUUGUUGUCGUUGGGUGUUUUUUUUUUUCGAGUUUGUGUAUUUAGUUUUUCAGCAUCUUGUUUACAGUUUUUGUCUGAAGUUUGUUUUCUCAUGUUUUGUCAUACCUUAGACUUAGUCUUCUUGUCAAAUAUACGUGGACCUGAAAUAUUAGUAUAAAGAAAUAAGUCCUGCCAACAAGGUGUAUCUUGCCACACUUUAAAGACAAACUAAUGUCCUUGGGUUUACUUGUCCCUACUCUACCACGUCAACCAGAGGAAGAUAGGUAAGGCCACCUCUGCAGUUCACUGUUGAAGGUGGCAGGGUCCCAUAGAGUGUGUGUGUUCUGUGUUUCCACUGUCUCCCUGUGAAUUUAGUUAUGUUCACAUUACCAUUCUGUCAGCCUUCUCAGUAGGUGGCAGAUAAGAUUGCCCUCAUUUCCCAGCUCCCAAGGCAAAUUCGACAUUGUACAAACAGUUGACCAUGGUUUGGAUUCCUACCAAACUGAAUUAUGGGAUUUGCAUUUGGCUUUGACCCUCAAACACUUGAAAUUUUUAGCUGUACAUGGACUUCGGAUGUUUUGAGCCAGAAUUUUUUUUUUAAGAUGGACUAUUUGUGGAUACAUAAUUAGGUAUCUUGGGGGAGAAGACUCAAGUCUAAACAUGAAAUUGAUUUACGUUUCAUCUGUACCUUGUAUUCAUGAAGGCAGCGUCUGCAGCAUCAGUUGUAAGCUAUGUCCAUGAGGCAGGUAUGGGAUACACCACUAACAUCAUAUCACUGCUCAAGGAGUUGUCAAUUUCAGAGCAGUUUGGGUUUCAGAUUCUUGAAAUGAGAAUGCCCCACCAUUUCUACGUUUAUAUUUAUCUCUACAGCGCGAUCCAUGUACCCCUUUCACUAAGUGUUGGCAGGUUUGUGAUCUAUCCUAUGUGUAAAUCUGAAUAUAAGAACUUUUGAAUCGCCUUUUGUGCAGGAGUGGGACUUUGUUCUAGUUGCUCUCGGUGAAAUCUGGUGGAAAGUUCAAACUCUCACAUAGAGGGAAGCCCUCAAGGGCUUCUGCGUAACCUUGGGGAGCUUUUCUGGUCCUGCCUCUCUUCAAAUUUAUAGGCUUAGUUGUGACACUCAUUCAAUCCGCAUCCCUGGAAAGCCCCAUCAAAUUGCAAAGGUAGCCUCUGGCUGGUUGUACCAGUGCAGAUGUGAUGAACACACUAGGAACUGUCCCCCCCCCCAAAAAUAUAAACAUGGAGAAACUGGUCUUCUGGGGACACAGUCAGAGCGUACAGCUCCUAUUCCUGUCUCACCCUAUCCAUGGAGCGUGUGUCAGGCCCAGGAUAGGUAAUUUUAUGAAGGAACCGUCUUCCACUUGAUGGGACUCGAUGUUUAUAAUUCUGUUAAGGAGCCAUCUCCCAUUGAAUGCCAUGAAAGUCCUCCAUAACAUGUUCCUUUUCUUAAGUUGGUUUGCAAAUUGACACAUCUUACAUUUUAUAGCUGUAUAAGUCCUACAUGUUCAUUCUAGGGAUGCAAAUAAUGCCGAAAUGUAGCAGAUGUAAGUCUGUGGUUGUUCAGUGAUCUGUAUCCUUCCAGAGGGCUUCCAUUUAAACUAAUGCUUGUUACCCCUUGUUUCUAUUUGAAGACAUACUCCUUCCUCAGACGUUCCACCAAAGUCCAACUGGUCUUCUCUCCCAUGACCUGAGUAGAUGCCACCUCUUGUCACAAUAUUAGACUUAACCUUUGAAAUGGGGUGGCUUACAGGUGACCCUAACAAACUUCAGCCUUAGUACUCUGCAUAUAGGAGUGUCCUGCGCAGAUCAGCCCAGACAGAAAGAUUUGCUUAGGACAGGCGUGUCUGGAAAUGUUCACAUUGCAGAUGGGAACUUGGACCCACUCCUGAGAGGAAUGUACUGGAAAUACACACUAAACAACUGACAAGUUAUGUGCUACAUUAAACACAUGGAAUGCAAUGCAAUGGGACCUUCUGCACCAAAGUGUAUCCUAUAUCUGCAACAAUGGUGUGUGUGCUAUAUAAGAGUGAUGUGUGCAUCUCUGACACCCAUACAAAAUAGACAUAGUCUGUAUAAGUGCAUACAUUUAAAAAUAUAUAUCUACAGUACCGCUGACAUAGACCUGUAGUACGCCUGACAGAUAUUACUAGUGCCUAAUACUGAGCAUAAAUCACUGCGUGUCCAUAUCACCUUAUAAAACCAAUCAAUGCAGCGACAUUAUCUAUGAAUCACAUCCUUAAAACUGUGUAGUAGCAUAUGCAUAUAUAUUUUUAAAUAACAUUUUUCACAGUUUUCCAGAGUUACCAUUGAAAUCUGUAUCGCCAAAAAAAAAAGAGAGGAAAAAAUGCAAGGUGUUUUUUUUUUUUUUUUUUUUUUUAGUGAUGUAGACACUCUUCAGCCCCAGUGAUCUGCGUGUGAUUUCCUAUUUGUAGAUACUCCAGAGACCUUAGCAGUCACCAGCCUUAAUGCAUGUACAGGAUAUUAUUGUGACUUAAUUUAUCUGUAGUUUUUAAUCCAUACAAAAUUGGAAUUUAUAAACGGACUUGGAUUGAAUAUGUCUGCCUUUCUAAGGUUGCAAACAAUACAUUAAAUGAUUUAUG